UUGUUUGAAGUGGACCCCAUAGACGCAGUCAGAGUCAAGUUUCCACCAAGCAGUCCAAGAGGCCUGGAAGAAGUAAACCUGGAGGUGGGACCUGGAGAAAGCUGGAACCAUGCUGACCUUGCACACGGCAAAGAAGCAGACACCAUUUCUGGAAAGUCCGUCAUCAAUGUGGAUGAGGGAGAUGAGGGUCCCCAAAUCUGCCGUGUAUGUGGGGACAAGGCCACUGGUUAUCACUUCAAUGUCAUGACAUGUGAAGGCUGCAAGGGCUUUUUCAGGAGGGCCAUGAAACGCAAUGUCCGGCUGAGGUGCCCUUUCCGGAAAGGCACGUGUGAAAUCACCCAGAAGACCCGGCGGCAAUGCCAGGCCUGCCGUUUGCGGAAGUGCCUAGAGAGCGGCAUGAAGAAGGAGAUGAUCAUGUCGGAUGCAGCCGUGGAGCAGAGGCGCGCCUUGAUCAGGAGGAAGAAGAGAGAACGGGGUGACUUGCAGCCCCCAGGAACAAAGGGUCUGACCCAAGAACAGCAGACGAUGAUCAGGGAGCUGAUGGAUGCUCAGAUGAAAACCUUUGACACCACCUUCUCCCAUUUCAGGAACUUCCGGCUGCCAGAGGUGCUUAGCGGCAGCUCUGAGAAUCCGGAGUCUCUCUGGGCGCCAUCAGGAGAGGAAGCUGCCAAGUGGCACCAGAUCAAGGAAGACCUGUGCUCUGUGAAGGUCUCUCUGCAGCUGCAGGGGGAGGAUGGCAGCGUCUGGAAUUACAAACCCCCAACAGCCAGCAACGGGAAAGAGAUCUUUUCCCUGCUGCCUCACAUAGCAGACCUGUCAACCUACAUGUUCAAAGGCAUCAUCAACUUUGCCAAAGUCAUCUCCCACUUCAGGAACCUGCCCAUCGAGGACCAGAUCUCCCUGCUGAAGGGGGCCACCUUUGAGCUGUGCCAACUCAGAUUCAACACAGUGUUCAACGCAGAGACCGGGACCUGGGAGUGUGGCCGGCUGUCCUACUGCUUGGAAGACCCCGCAGGUGGCUUCCAGCAGCUUCUCCUAGAGCCGGUGCUGAAGUUCCACUACAUGCUGAAGAAGCUGCAGCUGCACAAGGAGGAGUACGUGCUGAUGCAGGCCAUCUCCCUUUUCUCCCCAGACCGCCCGGGUGUGGUGCAGUACCAGAUGGUGGACCAGCUGCAGGAGCGAUUUGCCGUCACCCUAAAGGCCUACAUCGAGUGCAACCGGCCUCAGCCCGCCCACAGGUUCCUGUUCCUGAAGAUCAUGGCCAUGCUCACCGAGCUCCGCAGCAUCAACGCCCAGCAUACCCAGCGACUGCUGCGCAUCCAGGACAUACACCCCUUUGCCACCCCCCUCAUGCGGGAGUUGUUCAGCAUGGCGGAUGGCUGAAUAGCUGCCCCGGGGCAAAUCCCCCCGGGCAGCCAGGGCCAGAAGCCUUGGAGCUGCCACUGCUGGGGUUAUAUAGAUGGACACUGCUGAGCGCCCACAGUGACCUGCCGGUCUCGCCUCCCCCAGCAGACUCCUAUGGCAGCUGUGACGAUGGCUGGUUGGUGUUCCUCACCCUCACCCCGCAGCUCAAUUGGUGGAGACAGAAGCCAUUAACCCUUAUAUGGAAAGUGUGAUGGCCUACAGGUCAGGCCAUUGAGAGGCAAGGCAACCCAACCCUCAGAAAAGGCCCUGUGGUCUGGGGAUUUAGUUCCUGGAGGGAGAGGGAAAAAGGUCGUCUGAAGGUCUAUGUUCACACCCACGUUCACUAGCCUAUUGGGUACUUUUACUGCUCUCUCUACUACCCUAGGGUCCUACUUCCCACCCAUCCCCAGGUCCCAGCCUCCUGUCCCCACACUGGUCCACUGUGUCCAGCAGCCUGUGCAUUGGUAUCUGUGGGAGUACUGAAGCCAGAGGCCUGCACUAAAUAUCAGAAGCUCAUCAUGAUGUCUCUAUGCAUAUAUUCUCCCCUCUGGGCACCGCAUUCUGUGUCUUUGUAGUCACUCAAACCCAUGUUAAGGACGAGCAUGCAGCCAGCAGUGGGGUACUCAGCCUGACUCAGAAGUAGAUCCAGAACCUGGAAAAAGUUUGUAGUUCAAUAAAGGAAACAAAGCAGAAACACAAAAGUUGGUCAAAAGAAGUGAUGGGUGAGCUAGCCAGCGCGGGAGUUUCCGUGUGUCGGUGCUGAGCCACGCUGGGCUUCUGUGCACUGGGGGACCCAAGUGACAGUUGCCAGAAUGUCUGUGGGAGGAAGGGCACUGUGUGCACAAUUGUGUGACUUGGUACAGGUCUCCUCCCUUCUGAGGUAGGACUUGAGUUUGCUCUUGGGGGUCCACUCUGGGGGUGCUUUCUGUGGCAGGCUACGCUGGCAGGAGACAAGCCAGAGCAGAACCAAUUGAAUGUACUGCAUGUUCGGUUUACACACCUAUUUUCAAAAUUAAAGAGUAUGAAA